AUGGCAUCAGACCUAGGUGAAAUUCUCGUAGUCGGCGGCUGCGGCUUCCUAGGCCACAACAUCAUCCUCGAGCUUUCUCAGAACAACCCGUCCUCGUCGAUCUCGGUCCUCGACUUACGCACCGACGCAAAUCUACACCCUUCAGUCUCUUACUACAGUGCCGACAUUACGCAGAAAACCCAAGUCGAAGCUGUCUUCGCGAAAGUCAAACCCAAAACCGUAUUCCACACAGUUUCGCCGCACCCACUCCAGCGCGACCACCAGCUGUUACACAAAGUCAACGUGGUUGGGACACAAAAUCUCGUCGAAUGUGCGCAGCAAGCUGGCACUACCGCCUUUGUGUACACAUCUAGUACAUCCGUCAUCCAUGACCACUACAGUCCUCUAUGCGAUGUCACCGAAUCCCUUCCCGUCCUGUUCUACCCACAACAACCAGAGCACUACUCACACACCAAAGCUCUGGCUGAGAAACUCGUAUUAGACGCCAAUCGCGUCAGUGGUAUGCUGACCGUCGCUAUUCGCCCGACCACUAUCUACGGCGAGGGAGAUUUACUAAUCACUGCGAAUCUGUGUCGAAAUUCAUAUAUGGGAAGAGCCAAAUACCAGUUGGGCAAUGGCAAGAAUUUGAUGGAUGUUACUUAUGUUAGGAAUGUGGCAUUUGCGCAAUUUCUAGCGGCACAAGCUCUAAUCAAGGCCUCAUCCACUCUCUCUGCUCUACCUGAAACUCAGCGUGUGGAAGGCGAGGCCUUUUUCGUAAGGAACAGCGAACGGUACCCAUUUUGGGAGAUCAAUCGUAUUGCCGCAAGAAUUGCGGGUUAUCCGGUUCAGAAAGAAGACGUGAGGGCUAUUCCACUGUGGCUAGUGAUGGUUUUUGCUUUUCUGUCGGAGUGGCUCUUGUGGGCAUUCACAUUUGGGAAGAGAGAGCCGCUACUGACAACGAGAGUUGUCAGGCUUAUUACAAUUGAGCGCACAUUUUGCAUUAACAAGAUCGAGGAGAGGUUAGGGUAUCGGGCGCGAUUUACCACGGAGGAGGGGUUAGAGAGGGCAGUUGGGUGGUACAUGAGAGAGGUAUAUGCGAAGGAGAAGAAGAUACAGUGA